AGCCGGCUGUAAUGUUGCCAUUAUUGGGGAGAGUAUGGGAGAGACGCGAGAGAUAUCUGCAAGUCCACUCUUCAUCUUCCUUGCUUCCGGUAGGCAAAUUUAGGUGGCAAAAAUCAAGUUGUCAUUGCUGCUAAGGAACUGGAAGUCCAUCUUCUACAAGUCACCUAGAGAUCUUCCAGCAGAUCCUGAUCUUCUGUCUACUUCUGUGAUAGAGGAUAGACAUCUCCAGGGGGGGGAGUGUGCUGGGAAUGAGCACUGCAUGCUCAGAGUGGUUGCUCUCUGGCUUUGCUGUUUGGAAAGGACUUUGCAGAGGUCACUGCAGGGCAGGACGCCAAGGGAAUAAAAGUGGAGACCUCUGAACAGCAGGUGAAAGAAGCCAGUGCUCAGUCCUUUCUGCUGGCACUCAGCAGACAGCUGCUUCAAUAACUGUGCUUGUGUCUUGCACCCGCAAUGUACAUUGCAGGAGCAGGGAUGCAACCGCUUCUGGAACGGAGCACAACCGCUGCCACUUUUAACACAGCUGCUGUUUUGGAAAGCGAGAGAGCCUGCUUUUGGGUAGUGACCCUUUCAGACUCUCGCUGUUCAGUUCCAGGCUGCCUUAGACAGAGAGAAAGAGUUUGGCAAUCCUGUGCCUUUAAAACUGCAGUUGUCCAUGCCAGGGCCUCUGACCUCGUCCUCCUCAGCUGAGUUGGAUUAAGAAGUGGGGGCGGGGGGGGGAGGUUGGUGACUUUAAUGCUUGUAAAUUCUUUCACUUCCCAGGAGCUGGCAGGCCUCUUGUCCCAUGAGCCUGCCUGCCAGGAAGCCAAGGGUCUUUGCCUUCGGCACAGUCCCCACUGUGGUCCUGGAAGGGAAACCUCACCACUGUCCUCUCCUUGCAAAUGUGAAUAUCAGAAGGCCAAAAUAAGGGGAACUGCUGUGCAGCCACGAACCGGAUGCCGCAAGAGGUCGGGGGAUGCAGCAGCCUAGGACGGGCAGGGAUCCUGUCCACAUUCCCCACGCCUUCUCCCACAACCAUGAAGGAGUACACAGAGGUCAUCUUCCAGCCGGAGACGCUGGAUCAGAGCAAGGAAAAUGCCAGCCCCCUGGCUCCACCUUUGCCGCGGUUCUUGCUAACAGAAUUCUCCAACCCCGUGUUUGAGGAGGGCGGCGAGGCACCAGCCCAGAGUCAGCCGGAUGUUGAGAACAGAAACAGCACCAAACUCUCCGCCAAUGGCUUUGCCCAACAGGUCCGGGACAUGGCAAGCAGGAAGUUCAAGCCAGACUGCAAGUUCUCCUGGCUCUGCGUGGCCAUUCUCAGCACGGUGCUUCUCCUCCUCCUGGCCUUAUUGGUGGGCAUCAUCAUCGCAUCCCCAGAGCUGAAGUCCCACCAUCCCGUCAAACCCUCGCUCGGGGCUUCUCAUGCCCACACCAUCACCGCUACCUCAACUCCCAUCACCAGGACCUCGCCAAGCCCCCAGCCCACAGGGACGCUAUCCCUGGGAGGAGAGUCGCCUGUUACCACAAUGCCAGCACCUCUAUGUGGAGGGAUCCUGCUUGGCCCCAAGGGCACCUUCAGCUCCCCCAACUACCCAGCCCCCUACCCCCCAAACAUCUUGUGCAAGUGGCACAUCCGGGUGGCGCCAGGAAUGGCGAUCCAGCUGAAGGUGGAGGAGCUAGACAUUGAGAGUUCGGCCUCAUGCCUGUACGACCGGCUGGAGAUAUUCAAGGAGCAGGACGCUUCCUCGUUGUGGGAUGGGAGUACCAGGUACUGUGGCUCCGUGGCACCGGCAACGAUCAACACCAACUCCAGCCAGCUUCAGGUCAUCUUUGUCUCAGAUGACAACAUUGCUCCCUCAGGCUUCACUGCCUGGUAUCGGGCUAUUCUGCCCAGUGAAAAGAACUGUUCCUGGGAUGAGUUUCUCUGUGACCAGGGGCUCUGCCUCCACUCGGCCUACGUGUGUGACGGUUAUCACGACUGCCAUGACAAGAGAGAUGAAGGCAACUGUAGCACAAAGCACAAAGGUUGUGGAGGGACCCUCACCAGCAUGGAAGGGCAAUUAUUCUCCCCAAAUUACCCACAGCCAUACCCACAUCUGCAGCUCUGCCUCUGGCAUAUCUCAGUGCCUGUGGGCCACGUGGUGGACUUGCAUUUCCACAACUUCAGCCUCGAGUCCCAGGAGGAGUGCAACUAUGACUUUGUGGAGGUGUACGACAGCGCUGGGAUGGGAGCAACCAGCGUCAUGGGCAGGUUCUGCAGCUCUAACUUGCCCCCUGUCCUGACCUCCUCACAGCACGUCAUGACAGUCCUCUUUGUGGCGGACGAAGGAAUAGCUGACAACGGGUUCUUUGCCACUUACCAUGCCCACAACGCCACGGAAAAAACGUGCAGCCCCCUGGAUUUCUCCUGCAGAAAUGGCGAGUGCCUGUCUCAGGCGUUGGUGUGCGAUGGCUGGCACAACUGCCCGGAUGGGAGCGACGAAUUCAACUGCACCAGCCUCACCUAUGCAUCUUUUGAGCCGUCCUGUGAGCCGAUUGAGGUGGAGAUGUGUUUGGGUCUCAGUUACAAUACCACCUCUUUCCCCAACAUCUGGCUGACCAUUAUGGAUCAGCAAGAGGCAGAAGAGCAUCUCGAAGACUAUAUGAUGCUGAAGGACUUCUCUUGCUACCCAUCUCUGCGCUUGCUCCUGUGCAGCCUCUUCGUACCCAAGUGCACCCCGGACGGGGGCAUCCUGCAGCCAUGCCGCUCUGUGUGCCUGGCAGCCGAGCAGAGCUGCCAGCAAUCCCUCAGCCUUCUGGGUCUCCCGUGGCCCCUGAACUGCAAUGUCCUGCUAGAUUCCAACAACCCUUUGGAGUGCUUCCUGCCAUAAAGGGGCUGCCCCUCUCCGUCCGCAACCUCUACUUCACGUGCCGUGUAGCUGAACGCACCUCUCAUUGCCCAGCUUGGUGGGAGACCCUUUGGAGGCCACCAGUUCCCAAACGGAAGUUUCCGAACAGAAGAAAUCCCCCACCAGAAGGCCUCAGGAUCUGAGCUACAAUGCUUUAGUAGGCCAUCCACUGACGUCUCUCCAAGGAAUCGGUGGAAUCUGAGCAACAGGAGGACAAUUUGCAGUUUGGGGUUGAGUCUUUAGAUUGUAAGCACCUUGGGUCAGAGGCCUGUCCUCAUACCCUUCGUAAAGUUCUAUGCGCCUUGAUGGUGCCCAUAUAAAUAACUUGGAUAAUGAUAUAUCAGAGGCUGCAGGGGGCUUCCAUCAUAAUUAGAGCUGUAAUAUUUAGCUGAUUUGUUUUUAAGUCUUUGUGGUUGGUUUUAAAAGGCAUUUUUUUAAAAAGAAAAGAUUAAUGUAAAUGGUUUUUACUGUACAUACUGAGAAGUUCACGGCUUGUAAGCCCUUUCUUAGAAGGGGAGUUCUUUCUUCUCUCUUACGUGGGAGCAAAUGCCUCCUAUGAAGUUAAGCCUACAGCAGCACAAGUGCUAGGAAGGAAGGAAGGAAGGAAGGAAGGAAGGAAGGAAGGAAGGAAGGAAGGAAGAUUUGCCUACCAGGAUUAUGUUGUUAAAAUGCAAAUUCAUUCAGAUCAUAGAACUUUAGGAUUGGAAAGGAUCCCAGGGGUCAUGUAGUCCAGCCCCCUGCAAUGCAGUUGAUUGAUUCGCUGAUUAAAAGUCAUACAAUUCAUCCACAAAAAGUUCCUUUCUCUGAGUGACAACCCUAAUAAUUCUUGAUUAUAUACCAGCAAAGAAGGACAUCUUCUUGUUCCAGUUAAUGCAGCAUCAGAUUGCACUAUACAUAGUAGUUUAAUGGAUUGUGAUUUUACAUUAAUCUCCCAUUUCAGCUCUGCCCUGCGCUCAUGAGUUAACUGUGCAUGCAUUUUUUUAAAAAAAACACCCUUCAGAAUUAUUUGUCAAAGACAGCUGAAUUUAGCAUCCUCUAUAAACCAUGCAAAUCAA